CCUGUUCCCUUUCCAUCAUGGUUUUGAUGGCGGAAUGAUGACGGAUCAUACAUUUUGCCUGUCACAAAAGGGGCUCGAUGUUCUCACGCAAUGAUAUCAUAACGUCAUUGACGUAGACGGCGAUGAUAAAUAAUGAAUUUGCUCGCUUAUCACGUGGAGGCAGUGACUGAAUAAUUUAACCCCUUCGUUACUACAAGAGCGUACGUCCCUUUUUGUAGCAUCAGUGAAGUAUCCCUCCCUACGACGACCUUAAUCCCUGCAAUGAUUUUUUAUUUAUUUUUUUUUGCAUUCAGUGCUGCGUUAAGUUAUGAUAAAUCAUUGCUAAUGUUAUGAUGAGAAUUAUAUGAUACGCAAACGGAAAUGCAUCCUACUUGUGAUCCACCUGGCUUUGGACUACGCCACCGUGUCGCGCUGCUGUAAGCCGCAGCACCGCACAUCAGCGUCGGCACAGCUGGACAGCGGCAGCCUGGAAGCGUUGCUUCACCUUCUCCUUCACUGAUAAUGUGGAAAUAUCUGGGAAUGAUGCUCCUCUGAAGGACAGUGAACAUCUCAGCUGCUUUCUUUGUGACCCCCCUAUACUACAAAACCAAAAUCCCAAAUCUUUUUCGGUCCCUCCAUUCUCCUCAGAGUAUCAGCCCCAUUUCUUACAGGCCUUUGAACCAUAACCAGGCUCUAAGAUGAGUAGGCUCUUCGCCAAACUGGACCCACGGCGGAUUCAGUGGGGGGCCACCUGGUUUACCUUCCAAUCCCGUGUCCUGCGCACGAAGCCGGUGGAGUCCAUGCUGGAGAGCACGGGAGGCACUGGGGCUCACGGCACUAAACUCGCCCGCGUUCUCUCCACCGUGGACCUCGUGUCUCUGGGAGUGGGAAGCUGUGUCGGCACUGGCAUGUAUGUGGUGUCUGGACUGGUGGCUAAGGAAAUGGCAGGUCCUGGGGUCAUUGUGUCUUUCAUCAUCGCUGCUGUGGCAUCCAUCCUGUCAGGGGUGUGCUAUGCUGAAUUUGGUGUGCGAGUGCCUAAAACCACAGGAUCAGCCUAUACUUACAGCUAUGUGACAGUGGGAGAAUUUGUGGCUUUUUUUAUUGGAUGGAAUCUGAUUUUGGAGUAUCUGAUUGGUACAGCAGCAGGAGCCAGUGCACUCAGCAGCAUGUUCGACUCCCUGGCCAAUCACAGCAUCAGCGGCUUCAUGAUCAACCACCUAGGAACGCUCAACGGUUUGGGUGAGUGGCAUUAA